AUGGCUCUGGUUAUGGAACCCAUCAGCAAGUGGACGCCCAAGCAAGUGGUGGACUGGAUGAAAGGGCUUGACGACUGCCUCCAACAGUAUAUAAAAAACUUUGAAAGGGAAAAGAUCAAUGGAGAUCAGCUUUUACACAUUACACAUCAGGAGCUGGAGGAGUUGGGUGUCACACGCAUUGGCCAUCAGGAACUUAUUUUGGAAGCAGUUGAUCUGCUCUGUGCAUUGAACUAUGGUUUGGAGACUGAGAACCUCAGAACGCUUUCUCACAAGCUGAACGCUUCAGCCAAAAACCUACAGAAUUUCAUAACGGGCAGACGGAGGAGCGGCCAUUACGAUGGCAGGGCUUCCAGAAGGUUACCGAAUGACUUCCUUACCUCAGUGGUUGACCUCAUCGGUGCUGCCAAGAACUUAUUGGCCUGGCUAGACAGGUCUCCUUUCGUUAGUGUGACUGAAUACUCACUUCUGAAAAAUAACAUCGUUCAGCUGUGUCUGGAACUAACAACAAUUGUGCAACAGGAUUGUACAGUGUAUGAAACCGAAAAUAAGAUUCUCCAUGUGUGUAAAACAUUAUCUGGGAUCUGUGACCACAUCAUCUCAUUAUCAUCGGACUCUCUAGUGUCACAGUCUGCUCAUCUUGAAGUUGUCCACCUAACAAACAUCAUGCCCAGUGAAGGCUUGGGUAUGUACAUCAAGUCAACCUACGAUGGCCUGCAUGUCAUCACAGGAACAACAGAAAAUUCUCCUGCAGACCAGUGCAAGAAGAUUCAUGCAGGGGAUGAAGUGAUUCAAGUCAACCAUCAAACUGUGGUGGGCUGGCAGCUGAAGAACCUUGUCAAUGCACUCAGAGAGGAUCCCAACGGGGUGAUAUUGACUUUGAAAAAACGACCACAGAACACACUCACUUCUGCCCCUGCUCUGCUGAAGAAUGUGAGAUGGAAACCUUUAGCCCUGCAGCCAGUUAUUCCAACAAGUCCUACCAGUAGCUCUACAACACCAACAAGCACCAUUGGCAUGUCAUCAAAGUAUGAUAGUUCUACACUUCAUGACGUCUUCAUUCUAUCUCCCCUUUCAGGAAUCUAUGGUCCAAGGGAUGAAUUGGGGAUAUUGCCUUGUGACGACAUUGGCAAGUAUGGGAUAGCAAAAUCUGGGAUGAAAAGUUCCGAAUCUUCCAGCUACUUCCUGGAUCAUGAAAGUGGAAAAUAUUACACAUUGAUGGAAGGAGAAGGUCUGCCCAUGAGCUCGGAAUAUGAAAGAGGGAGAGCAACUGGUAUCCGGAGAAGGGAGAAAACAUCUACUCAUGCUGAUUUGAGCCCUGUCAGCAUGCCAACAGAAUACUGUUGGUUGGGAGAAUCUGAGGAGCCCUAUAUAUAAAUGAGGCAGAUGAGAAGAGAGGAUUCGCUUCUACGGUAUCUGAGUGAUGAUAAGAUUCUGAUCAUUCAAGAGGAGCCUGUGACACAGAGGGAGAGCAAGAGAGAUACAGGCAGGAGUUCAAGGAGAAAGAAGAAUCCAGGAAGCCCCAGCUACCCAAUUAGUCCCUCUGUAUUGACAGCCCCUGUGAGACUCGACCCCACCUCUCAGGACAUCUUGAAUUUUCCACUACCUGAAAGCAACACAGUACCCCUCUACCACCGAGCAGGGGAUUCUAUUGUUGGGGAGACUGAAAGGUAUGCAAGUGCUGGCAUUGACAGACAGGGAGGUACAGCAAUGAGGAAGUCUUUUCAUUACGCCUCUUUGAGAGCAAAAACCAAAAAGAAACCGAAAGGUUCUCUAACUGGUGGCAGCAGGCGACGGAUUUCCUGCAAGGACCUAGGUCAUGGUGACUGCGAAGGCUGGCUGUGGAAGAAGAAAGAUGCCAAAGGAUACUUCACUCAGAAAUGGAAGAAAUAUUGGUUUAUUCUCAAGGAAGCUUCACUCUACUGGUACACCAAUCAAAAUGAUGAAAAGGCUGAGGGAUUCAUCAGCUUGCCGGAGUUCAGGAUAGACAGAGCUAUUGAAUGCAGACGGAAAUAUGCCUUCAAGGCUUGCCAUCCAAAAAUUAAGAGCUUCUACUUUGCAACUGACUGCUUGGAAGAAAUGAACAGGUGGAUGAACCGAUUGGGAUUAGCUGCUAUCGGGUAUGCUCCUGAUGAUAAGGUGACCAGACCAGAUGAAGACUACUGGAGUGAAAGUGACCAAGAGGAUGCUAAUGAUGCUUUAACAGUAAAAGCAGAGGGCCAUUCAGCAGUGUGUGACACAUACCCCCGGGCACCAUCAGUUAACUCUUCGAGUCCCUACCCAGAACCUAAGCACGGACGACAUUUCUCAAGUGAGUCAACAUAUUCGCAUUCAUCUGCUGAGGAUUCACGGCACGAUGCAUCAGGAAGCACUCAUUCGUCUGGCUGUAGAUCUUCCUACAGAGAAAGGCGGUCAUGGCAGGAUCUGAUUGAAACCCCGCUAACCAGCUCAGGGUUGCAUUUCCUGCAGACUGUCCCACUGGAAACAGAUUAUCUCGCCGGCAGAACAGGACUAAUGUCACCCGAGAGGAGACGACAGGCAACGUUACCUGUGCAGAGACGCCACAACCAUGACCGUGAUGGGCCCUUUCCAUUGGUGGAGUGUGAGCGGGGACCUGGAUCUCACAGUAGAGGAUGUAAACAACGCAGUCAGAGUCUCCCGAGGAAUAGGGAAGCAAGAAUGAAAGGACAUGUGCUCCCUCCUGGACUCGCUGAGGAGAGGUCCGAAGAUGAUGAGAUCCAAUGUAUCAAGCAAAAUGGUGGAAAUAAACAAGAAAGUACAGCAGAAGACAGAAGAUCUACCGACGGGUUGCAGGAGCUGUACAGGUCCCUGGAGCAGGCCAGUCUGUCUGCAAUCGGAGAGCAACGCCCUUCCACCAAACAAGAAUUCAGAAGGUCUUUUAUAAAGAGAUGUAAUGAUCCAGUUGUCAAUGAAAAAUUGCACCACAUUAGGAUGCUGAAGAGUACACUAAAGGCGAAAGAAGGAGACCUGAUGACUAUCAACCAAAUUCUCGAAGAUCCCUACUUAACAUCCAAAAGAUUUAGAGAGUGGAAGCGGCUGAAUCAUGAGUUUUUCUUGGACAUUUGUGGGUACAGUGCAGUUAUGAAGCCACAGAAUGGUGCAUCUGAACUGGUAUUACCAGCACCACUGUUGACACACACACACUCAUUCAUCGAAACUCACGUGUAAACCAAUUUGUACCUGCAGCACACUGCCUGGCAGACAGCAGUGUCCCCAUGCUAUCAUAUCUUUAGCAUCUACAUUGUAUAUUUGUACAUAAUAUAUUCAGCAGUAUUCUUGUACAUAAAUUGAAUAACCGAAUAGUGUCACAGGAUGCCUAAUAUUUGCAUGAGAUCACAUCUGUAUUCUUCCAAACUUUUGUUUUUAUUUCCAUUGACCAACAUAAUGUGCUUUCAA